AUGAGGCAGUCGACACAUGCGGCUAGCCGUUCCUCUAUUGCUCAGACGCCACCGGUCGAAGUCCGCUAUCCAUUUGGUGUCCAGAACGACCUUGGACAAGUAAUCUUAAAUUCUAAAGCUAAGGAUGAAGCAGUGUCGUCCCCAGGCCAGCCCUCUCCCCCCCCUACUCGUCCCUCGCCAGCUCAUCCCUUAAGACUAUCUCCUGCUCACAGCCCCUCGCGCCUUUCUCUCCAGUCUACCAGUCUACAAUACAGUUAUGCCUCGUCUGGCGACCUGUCAUCUGAUGCAGUUCUGCUAGAGCGUGCAAUCCGCUGCAACGACACUGUCCGCGUCAAACGAUUUCUAAACCUCCACCACGAAAAAUUCCCCGUAAAUCUCCAUGGAAGCUUGCUGGACAAGUCCUCCUCUGAUGAUUCUGCCAGUCAGGAUGUUGAAAUUCUGCUUAGAAAAUCGAAAACACUCAUCGACAAGUUGGAGCCGUCGGACCAAUAUUCGUCCUCGUCGUCGUCGUGUCGGUCUCCACUCAUCUCUCCCCUCAUCUUCAGCAACGCUCUCCAUGUGGCGGUGGACCACGGGGCCGUGGAGGUAGCGAGGCUGUUGCUCAAGUAUGGUCUGGAGCCGGACCAGGGGGGCAGAGUCCCUCCGGCACCUCCGUCACCACGCCGGCCCCAGCCACCCUCCCGGCCGUGUUCUCCACAGCCGCACAUCCGCACUCCUUCGCCAAAGAAAAUCAAGUCUGAAUCUUCUACCAAAGAUGAUGCACAGCCCUUGACAGAACUGUCUCCCCAAAAGUUUCUCAAACCUGAGCUUCUUCCGUCCACUCCGACCGCAGCUACCCCCGUCCGUCGGGUCAGCUGGAUCUCCCCCUCGUCACCUACGGACAUGAGCAAGAAGCGGAGAGCUACCACCAAGUCCUUACCUCGUCAGAGAUCCUUCUCUUUGGAGCACAACAACCAGCUUCUAGGACCUGGCGGAUCGUGGACGACGGAAAGAAGAAGUGUAUCACUUAAGUCCAGCCCCCUCAUCUCCCCUAGACCACCAGAUGCUGACGCAUCCCCGGCCAAGGUCAAGGCUAUAAUUCCAGAAAGGAGUAUAUUCGCUGAGCUGAGAAGAAGCAGUGAAAUUUUUAAAAGUAUACUGCUGAAUCUGUCAAUGAAAGACGCGGAGCAGCAAGCUUUAGAAGACGAAGAAAAUAAGGCCACUCCAACAGAGCACCAAAUCGACGUAGAAACGCUUUUAGCGGCUCACGAACAGAGAAAGCUCGCCACAUAUCAAACAGAGAGUGGGUUUUCAAGCACUUCUUCGUCAUCCCUUUCUUCCCCGUCGAGGUCGUCACGCAGCUCCCUGAGUAGUCCUGAUGAGGAUGACGACGGUGACGAAGUCCUGGGGAUAGGCUCUCCUACAGUCGUUGGUGGGAAGGAAGGCCCUUUACUGAAGGUCAACCCCAACAUCGAGGCUGACAAGGUAGCGGGGUGGAUGGAGACCUACACUCGACAGUACCUGUUCACCCUCCCCGCUCUGUUCCUCGCCGUCAUCAGAGGCAACGCCACCCUCGUGUACUUGCUGCUCAAGUAUGGCGCCUCCGUCAACUUUCAGGACCGUCUGGGUAACACGGCUCUACACCUGGCUGUGUGUCAGGAGAACGUCCCGUGGGAGUGUGAUCUGGAUCUGCUGGAGCAUGGAGCUAGGAUAGCGGUGGCUAACAAGGAGAACGUCCCGUGGGAGUGUGUUCUGGAUCUGCUGGAGCAUGGAGCUAGGAUAGCGGUGGCCAUCAAAGCUGGAGUGACGCCUGCUGAAUGGCACUGGCCACCACUAACGUAA